AAAGGUCGAGUUUUUUCAGUGAUAAGUCGAUUUUUGACUAAAGUUAGAAUCGACUUUUCCAUCCCUAGUUCGCAUCCCUAUUUAUCUUUGAAGUCUAGUUUGCUUUGUGAGUUGUGAAAAUUAAAUUGAAGGAAAAAUGGGACGGUGUGCUAUCUGCCAUAAAAGAAGGGAACGCGGAACGGGGCCGUUUUUUCGGGUUCCAGCCGAGGAGUCCCAACGGUUGCUUUGGGGAAAAAAUUGCGGGGUACAUUUUAAAGAAAAGGACAGUGUUUGUGUGGAUCAUUUUUCGCGUUCGGAUAUGAUAGGCGGUGGGAAGAGAUCACAGUUGUUGCCAAAAGCCGUACCAUUUCCCCCAUCGGAAUGUCCCAACACUACAGCAACAACAACAACCAACUCUAACUGGACGCCAUCUGAUCAUGGUAACUUAUUUACGGAUUCAUAUUAUGCCCAGUUGGAGUCGGAUAUUGGUACUUCUGAUUCCCAAGCCCCAGAAAUACUGGAUUCACCAAUUUUCUCACAGGCAAGCCCAUCCCCUUUUUUAACUAAUGGAACAGAAAAGAUCGUCAAAAAUUGUCAAAUGUUAAUAGAUUCAUACGUUUCUUUAACUGCUGCAACUAAGAAACCCGCCAAAGAUUGCCAAACGCAAACAGAACCUAUUAUUAUGGAGGCCCUCAUGGGGAGGGAUGUCUACGAACUGAAGAGAGAGGUGAAAAAAUUGAAAGCGGAAAACAGGGACUUGGCUCAUCAGUUGAACAUAGCGAAUGCUGUCCAAAAUAAUUUUAAACAAAUCUUUACCGAAAAUCAAAUGCGUAAAAUGAUUUCUCCAGAUCGAAACGUGAAAUGGUCAUGGAAUGACAUUUCCAGCGCAUUAUCUUUAUACGCAGCAGGGCCAGUGGCAUAUACAUAUUUGUAUGACAAAGGGUAUCCGCUACCCCACGUCUCUACCCUCCAGCGUUGGUUUCGCCAAAAGGAUCUAGAGGAAGGCCUCUCCACCACGCCAAGCAACUAUCAUGACCUUGACAUGCCUGAACCAUGCCACGAAGACAAAACUUCUCUGAUUCCAGAUUUCUCAGACCAAAAAUAGUAAAACAGUUAAAGAACAUGCAUACAUCUUUUAGGACGUACCGGAAGUAUACUUCCUUGUAGUAUGUGCAUAAGUUUAUUAUAAGUUGUAUAACUUUGAAUAAUUGGUUUUUCUGGCCUAUUCUAAAUACAUUCGUAUUGCGAUUUUCUUGAAAUCAAUAGAAAUGCUACCACAGAAUCCUAUUUGAUAUGAGCGGAUGUACUCAAGUUUAUGCUGCGAUCGUAUCCACUCUGAUUCAGUGAUGGAAUUUGCUUAAAUUCCACGAAAAAUAUAUUUUUUCAUCUAGCGGUCGUGCAUGUCCCCAUAAAAAUUUAACUUCUUACAAGAUUUUAGGUACAAAUAUAAAACUUUGUUAUAUGUACAGCUACAAGGGUACAUUGGUACAUGAAUUAGAUUUGAAAUUCUAUAACCCAAAUUCAAGAAACUUUGCAUUUUGUAAAUAAAAUAUGUAUGUACAUACUGAGUGUA